AUGAGCGACUUGUAUGUGUACGUGGCGUCCGCGGUCGUGGUUGCGCUCUCGGUCUACUUUUUCGCCCGACCGUCCGUGAACGAAGCAGACAAGGCAUUUGAGGCACGAUACAAGGCCAUACAAGAAGAGAAGCGCCGCGCGGCAGCUGCCGGAGCUACGUCGAUCACGACCUCGACCACGGCAGGAAGUAGCGCCAAGGUGCCGAAGAAGCCAACGUCGAACCGACCAUUGGUCACUGUGUUCUAUGGGUCCCAAACAGGCACAGCGGAAAGUUUUGCCAAGACGAUUGCGACUUUGGGCAACGAACAAAAGUACUUUGAAACAGACCUUGUCGACUUGGAAGAGUUUGAGCCGACCAUGCUCAAGACACUUGAGUACGUCGUCUUUGUCAUGGCGACGUAUGGCGAAGGCGAUCCCACCGACAACGCCAUCGAAUUCAUGAAGUACUUGAACGGCACGAACGAACAAUUGGCUGACGACGAGUUUGAAAACGUCAAGUACACAGUCUUUGGGCUUGGCAACAAGCAGUACGAACAAUACAACGCAAUCGGUCGUGCAGUCGAUUCUCUUCUCGCUAAGCAUGGCGCCCAACGCGUUUACCCGCUCGGGGAAGGAGAUGACGACGGCGCGCUUGAAGAAGACUUCGACGCGUGGAAGGAGAAGUUAUGGUCGACGUUGCGCCGCGCCGAUGGGUACUUGGAAGCCUCGGACGAAGAGGCGGAACCCACCACCAAAUUCAAGACAAAGGCACCACAACUCGCGUUUGACGUCGUGCCCGUCUCGUCCACCAACGCUGCCAAAGCUGUGCCCGACGAUCACAUUCAAAACUCGACCAAGCACUUCUUCCACAACACAGAAGCAAAGCUCGUCGAGACUCGCGAACUUCGCCAGUCGACGUCAUCGGGCUCGACGCUGCACCUCGAAUUCGACAUCAAGAACACGGGCGCCGACGCGGCCGCAUUCGUCCAAGACCUGCAGCACCACCACCGCUACGUUCAGGAAUUGUGGUCUGCGUAA